GUACAUUUCAUAGAAGCCAAUGUGCAUGAGUUUAAAGCGCAGGUUCUGUAAUAGUCUGACAGACGUGUGAUGGAGGUUCGUUUUGGACAGGUUCACCUCGCCGUUACGCAAAGACACGGUGGUGUGAACCAGCUUGGCGGAGUCUUCAUCAACGGGCGCCCGUUACCGCACGCGGUGAGACUGCGCAUCGUGGAGCUCGCACAACAGGGUGUGCGUCCCUGUGAGAUCUCCCGCCGCAUGCGCGUCAGUCACGGCUGUGUCAGCAAAAUACUAGCCAGGUACAAUCAGACAGGAAGUAUCCAACCAGGAGUAAUUGGCGGCUCUAAGCCCAAAGUGUCCACUCCCAGAGUGGUGCAAAUGAUCCUGCACCUUAAACGCACUAAUCCUGCCAUGGUCGCCUGGGAGAUCCGAGACAGACUGCUGCUGGAGCAGGUGUGCGACCACAACACUGUGCCCAGCAUCAGCUCCAUUAACAGGAUCAUCAGAAACAAAGUUCACCCUGAAUCUUGUGACGUUGUGUCAUCAACAUCAGCUUUUGCCUUUGGAACCACAUGUUCAUCUGAAUCCACCUAUUCUAUCAGUGGGAUACUGGGCAUCAGAAGGUGCAGCAAACACAAGGAAGACAGGGACAGCUCCUGCACCAUGUCUCACCAUCUGUGUUCCUGUAAUGAUGCCUGGGGAUCGUCUGACCCCUGCCUGACCUCUAUCUCCAGCCUGAACUUUUACUCCGGGUCUCCAUGUCAUUACAGCUGAAGUGACCUGAAUUAAACCUGUAGAGAAGUAUGAUCAAAUAAACCUGCUAACACACACUGUACAUCACCUCUAAUGUUUUAUUUAAAUAAUUUAGGGUCAGAUAUUAUACUCACACUGGUAUCUCAGAGGCUUAGUGGAGCUUCUUCAUCAGUCCAACAUAUUAUCCCCCAUCUCCAGCACCUCUGUGGCCCUUUUCUGCUCAGUCAGUGGUUAAGGGCUAGUAUCAUUAGGGGCCCUGUGAUGAAGAACAGUGACUGUUCCCUCUCCUUGGUGUGAGUCUCCCCUGCCUCCCCCUCCAGGAUGAGGGAUGAGGGGGGAAGGGUGAAGAUAUCGCAGGGACCUGAUGGGUCAAAGAAGGCCGCAGAGAAAGGAAUUUGCAGGUGGCAGUGGGCAUCAGUCCGGAGGAAGUAUCUAAUACUCAACAUUUUUGUUGUUUAUCUCUGUACAGCUAUAUGCAUAUGAACUGAAUAACAUGCAUGAGCAAACAACCUGUACGCCACAAGUGUGGGAUUCUUUCUGUAACGUGAUGUUUCUUUUGUCAGUUGUCUUUCUAUAAAG